CCAUGCAGCUGGUCAUCUGCAUCUCCUCUGUGAUGGAUGGCAGGAAGAAUUGAUGCAUGGAUCCCAUGGCCAUUGGCUUCUGUCACCAUUGCACACCCCAUGAGGAUGUUCCACACUGGAGCUGAAAUGAACCCUGCCAGAUCCUUCACCCCUGCUAUGUUCAAGAGGAACUUCAUGAACCACUGGGUGAUGUACGACUUCAUGCUCUUCUUCUGCAUGUGCGGCUUGGCCGAGUGGGUAGCCACCCUGAAAGGCAGCUGACAUCUGGAGCAGGACACCUGCGGGGAGCUCAUCAUGCUCAAGACCGAUGCCCUAUACCGUAAGGCUGCCACCAAGCCAGGAGAAGCAGGGGCCA